AUGAACGGUGCUAAUCUAGGCUACAAUAUGUCGAUAGUCGACUCUUACAAGAGGUUUAUGGAGAGAAAUAGUGACCCGCGGACAGAAAACUGGUGGAUGAUGUCAGGACCUGGUCCACUAAUAACACUCCUGGCCUCAUACCUGUACUUCUGCACAUCCAUGGGUCCUCGCUACAUGAGAGACAGGAAGCCAUACAGCUUAAAGAAUACGAUCGUUCUGUACAAUAUAUCGCAAAUUUUGAUGAGUGUUUUCUUGGUGUAUGAAGGUUCGGUAGCUGGCUGGUGGAAUGAUUACAACUUUUCCUGCCAACCAGUGGAUUACUCGGACAACCCAAAGGCGAAUCGGAUGGCAGCUGCGGUCUGGUGGUACUUCUUCGCGAAAAUAGUUGAGCUUCUCGAUACGGUAUUCUUUGUUCUGCGAAAGAAGAACAGACAAAUAUCGUUCUUGCACCUCUACCAUCAUACAAUGAUGCCGAUCUGCGCUUGGAUCGGUUGCAAAUUCCUACCAGGUGGUCAUGGAACUCUUCUCGGUGUGAUAAACUCCUUCAUCCACGUAAUCAUGUACACCUAUUAUCUGAUCUCUGGUCUUGGCCCUCAGUACCAGAAGCUUCUCUGGUGGAAGAGCCACGUAACUACUUUGCAGUUGAUCCAAUUUGUCAUCAUUUUCUACCACAACUUCACCGUAAUGUUCUGCGACUGUAACUACCCUAAGUUUAUCAACUUCUUGCUCUCACUUAAUUCUGGCAUGUUCUUGUACAUGUUUGGUAACUUCUACUACAGAAACUACAUUAAGGUUGACAAGAGGCAGACUACUACCACCAUGGCUAAUGGCACAGUCCCGUCAGAAAAGGCUAAAGAAUCUUAG